AUGGCUCUGCUGCGCCCUUCCGCGCCCGCCCGCCCGCUGCUGCUGCCGCCGCCGCCGCUGCCCGAAAGGCUGCCAGGAGCCAACGGCACCCAGGCGAAGAGCCGCCCGCACGGCUGCGGCAACGGGGCGCUGCUGGACAGCUUCGGGGUGCUGGUGCAGGCGCUGCUGGCCGUGGUGGCCUUCAGCACCCUCAUGCUAAAACGAUUUAAGGAACCAAAAGGAGAGAGGCGACCCUGGAGAAUAUGGUUUUACGAUACGUCGAAGCAAGCCAUAGGGGCCCUUUUCAUCCAUUUUGCCAACGUCUUCCUGUCUGACCUGACUGAAGAAGACCCCUGCUCUCUCUACCUGAUGAAUUUCAUCCUGGAUGCCACUUUGGGGAUGCUGCUAAUCUGGUUCGGCGUUAAAAUGGUGUCCUGGGUUGUGGAGGGUCGGAAAUGCAUGCAUCUUGUCUUCGGGGAAUAUGGUGAUCCUCCACAAGCAGUUGCUUGGAUUGGGCAAUGCAUCCUCUACCUGUUGAUUAUGGUCUUUGAGAAGACGACAGUUGGCCUCGUCUUGCUCAUUCCUGGCUGGACGAAGCUUCAAGAGAUCCUUCUCAACUACGUUCCUGAUCCACAGCUGGAGCUGGUAUUAGUGAUGCUUGUGGUUCCUUUUAUAGUCAAUGCUGUUAUGUUCUGGGUGGUGGACAGCUUGAUCAUGAAGAAGCACAAGCAGAAUGAAACCUUUGAAAUCAGUGGAGUGAUGGAAAUCUCACGAGCUUUGCAGGAUGAAGAUAUCCAGGUGCUGCUGUGUCCAGCUGUGGAUUUUGACCAUUCUGCAAGUGACCAGGAACAGUCAGGAUCUUUCCUCCUAGUGAAUCCGACGAAAAGACCAUUGGACCACCCGGUUUCGGUUUAA